UCGCGAGAUUUCCCGGGAAGCGCACUCCAACCAGUCUCCAUGUUAGCUUCAUGUCAGUUGAUGCUUAACUCCUUGUUGGCUGUUUCCUAUGAGGAUUACAAUCAGCUGACUCACAUGUAGGAACAUCACCAUGAGGAAGAAGAUGAGGAAGAGGAGGGGGGUGGAGUCAGUCCUCUGAUGGAGGAUGUGGUUGUGCACUACCAUCCUGGAUCAGCUGUUGGAACCCGCUCUCUGUUAGAGACCACAGAGAAGCUUCUGGAGCCUUUCCCCUGCCGGACUCCUCCGGUCUUCACGCCCUGGUUCCCUCCCACUGCAGACCUCCACCUGCCCAUCAGACCGGCCAAACCAGCUCCUGUGAUCACCUGCACGGGGGACUUACUCCCCUCUGACAGCAGGCCGCACGCUCACACCACACUAAGUCAGCUACGAGAAGCUGCAGCUGACGGCCCGGUUUCUGAGCAGCCUCAUGGAGGGGUCACAGUCAGAACAUCAGCUGAUCCACGAAUACCUGAAGAAAGCGUCUCAGAAACCCCGAACCACCUCCUCCCGUCCUCGCACUUUAACGAACCGGAGACUCAGAUCAGCAGGUUGUCUCCGGACGAACACAGACAUGUCCUCCCCGUCACGAACUCUCCUCGCAAACGCUCCUGGAGCGUCUUCACGCAGAGAGGAGUCCUGCUGCAGAGCCCACAGUCCCUGUCCAAACCGUUCCAUCACGCGGUGUCCAAACACCGGCUCCACCUCCGCCAGAGGGCCAAAUGGGUGAUCAGUCAGGACAACUGUGGAGGGGCGGAGGACAUCGAACAGGUCUGGCGUUCCCUGAGCCGCCUCGUCCGGACCUCCUCCAGGCUGCCGAGUUGUAACGCCAACAUCCAGCGGGAGCAGGCGGAGAUCUGGGUGUUCUGUGACGUCCUGCAGGCCGAACAGGUGGGGCGUUUCCUGAAGGAGGAGCUGCAGCUGGCAGGGAGGAUCAGCCUGUCGGUGCACAGGCUGGGAAACAUCUUCAGCAUGUAGAUAAAAAACAUCAGACGUGUGUAGGAACCAAAUACGGCACCGACUCAGGGAUUCAAGAAACAAGUUUACACAAGAUCACCGAUUCUGCAGUUUUAAUGUUUGUUAGGUCGAAUUGGCUGAUGGCUAAAAAUGCUUGAAACAGGUCGAUUGCUUCAGACGGAGGGCUCUGAUGGCUGAAAUGUAACCUCUGGAUGUCUGGAAGCAUCACAGAUUGAUCCCCACAGAUAUAGAUUUUGGAUCAAGAGCAACCAGACUCAGGAGCUGCUUCUGUGCCAGCCGGUUUGAGUAUUCGUGUGUUAUCAAAUAACACACGAAUACAGAAAUAUGAACCGGGUGAGUCAGUGGUAGACGAGCAACUCCGGUGUUUGGGUAAUUGUUUGUGUGGGUGGAGUCUGGUGGCUUCACCCAUCACCUGUCUGUUUCUGAUGCUCUGUUUUGAAGGCGAUCGUUGGAGGAUGCCAUAUUGGAAAUUCUGAACUCAGCCUAACUUCAUCCAAGCUAGUGUGAGGUAAAGAGGCGGGCCUUUAGCCUUUUCACUAACAGCUACAGUGUUCCUGUCUGUCAAUCAAGUCAGCCAUGCCCUUAUUUGGGCAAAAAUCCUAAGUGUAAUAUCUUCAAAAACAACGAGUUACAAAAUAAUUCACCCCCAUACAACGUGUGCCGAUAGAGAAAUGAGAUAUCCAGACUACACUUGUUUUUCAUACCAGGCUGUAAACAUGUUUAUUUCUGCUGUAAAGAUCGGCUUCUUUGAAUGGGUGUGUAUGUGGUUUCCGGUGUUUCUGCAGCCAGCCUCUAGUGGAUGCUUGAGGAACUGCAGUUUUUAGUACUUCCACAAGUGGCAACCUCUGGUCUGAAAAUAUGAGUCCAAUGUGGAAGUGCUAAAAACUGUAGUUCAUUGAGGAUCCACUUGAGGCUGGCUCCGGAAGUACCAGAAACCACAUACACACCAAUUCAAAGAAGCCGAUCUUCACAGCAGAAAUAAACAUGUUCACAGCCUGGAUCAAAAAACGAGUGGAGUCUGGAGAGCUCGUUUCUCGAGUACAGGGGGGGGAACUUUUUUCAUAACGCAGCAAUUUCGAAGAUAUUUAGAUUACGACUUCAAUGAGAGGCACAGCUGACAUGAUUGACAGGCGGGAACACUGUAGCUGUUGGUGAGGAGGCUCAAAGCCCGCCUCUUUACGUCACAAUUGCUCAACAGCAGCAAUAUGGCUGCCGCCGAUUGGCCUCAAAACUGCGCUUCAGAAACAGACGGGUGACGUCACGGAUACUACCUCCAUUCAUGAUGCAUUAUACUUCAUGUAGAGCCCGGUUUUAAAACAGGAGGUAUUUAACUGCAUCCCUUUAAAGCUGCUGUGAGGAACUUUUAGCUUGUAUUGAUUCUGGCGCCCCCUUGUGGACAAAGUGAUACCUCUUAUCUCUUGUCCUGUACAUGCAAAAUAAUUGUCUUCAGACAAUAACCUCAUCCUGUUGACUUUUAACAUUUAGACUUAUCUUACAAUGUGAUUAUUUGUAAUGAAAACAGCCAAAAAAAGGGUGUUUCUAAAGCGAGAUGUCAAUCAUCUGUUCUGACACCGACCCCCUCAGAGCAGUUUUAGACAUUAUAAUGACAACAGAGAAAGUAUCAGUGUUGUUGUAGAUGAUCUUGUUUGCUUUUGAGGGUCAUAAAGAGGCAGCAGUAUCAGUUUCAGUCUGUUUCUCAGCCAGUUAAAAACUCCUCAUAGUGCCUUUAAUGUUUGACUGACUGCUGAUCCACAGGAGAGGGUUUCUCAGGCAGGAGAGUCACCUGAUGUGUUUUUAUGGUCAGCAUCGUACUGACCCAGAUUUUCACAACGUACGUGUGCAUCAGGACUGUGUAUGUUUCUGCACCCCCCCCCCCCCCGAGGGUGAAUAUUAAUGAUUAUUACAGUAACUUGAUGUCUUCCUCAGAUUAAGUUCUUCCCCUUAACUGGGGUUAUAAGUGGAAGUAGGUCAAAAGACAGAAAUCUGUGCAGCACAUGAGCAGAAACCAGACGUACGAGUGUGAGAGUCUUUGUUUUGAACAUUUUCAACACCAAUAAUUUAUCAUAUCCACACAGGGCUCCUUAAUAAGAGAAUAACGGUGGUGAAUACACAAUGAGCUAACCUAUAUCCUCUAAAAACAAGUCAUUUUUUACAUUUAAUAUUCUGUUUCUUGUCUGCAGAACUGAAUAUCUCAUCAAAGGCGACCUACUUAAUUAUCAGAUCAAAGGCUGGGUGAAAACAUCAAACAUGUUUGUUCUUCUUCUUCUUCUUCUGUGUAUUUAUGAAUUUGAUAAAAUGAUUGUAUUUUACGUGUAUUUAAUGUUCAUCUCUGGUGUAAAUAAAGGUUUGAUAUAUUUUA